AUGGGUAGCACAUUCAAUCCACAGAUUUUAGUGGAAAAACUAGCCAAGCUGAAUAGCUCGCAGACAAGCAUAGAGACUUUGUCACAUUGGUGCAUAUUUCAUAUGAACAAAGCCAAACAAGUUGUCGAAACGUGGGCUACACAGUUCCAUUGCUCUCCUCAUGAAAAGAAAUUGGCAUUUCUGUUCCUUGCAAAUGAUAUUUUACAAAAUAGCAGGCGAAAGGGUUCUGAAUUUGUUGGUGAAUUUUGGAAGGUUCUUCCAGAUUGUCUUCGAGAUGUCACUCAAAAUGGAGACGAGUUUGCGAGGAAUCAAGCACUUCGACUGAUUGGUAUAUGGGAAGAAAGAAAAGUUUUUGGUUCUCGUGGUCAAAUCCUUAAGGAAGAAUUUAUUGGGAAGCAUGAUUUGAAACCUUUGAAUGCGAAACCUACGAAUGUGAAACCUAUGAACGUGAAACUGAGGCCAUCUGCUGGGAAUGCAUUGGAUAAAAUAGUUUCAGGCUAUCAUCAUAUUUAUGCAGGGCAGACUGAUGAAGAUGUUGUAUUAAGCAAAUGCAGGGAUGCCAUUAGCUCUCUUGAGAAAGCAGAUAAGGAAAUAGUUCACGGUAGUAAUUCAGGGAAAUUUCAUGGACCUGCAGUAGUGAAUGAGCUCCAGGGGCACAAUGCAAUACUAAAGGACUGUAUUGAGCAGUUAACAACACUAGAAUCAUCAAGAGCUGGCCUUGUGUCUCAUCUGAGAGAGGCUCUUACGGAUCAGGAAUUCAAGCUGGGUCAAGUUCGUAGCCAGAUCCAGGCUGCAAGUGCUCAGUGGGAACAUGCGAACAAUACCUGCCAACAAUUACUGAACGGCAACAAUAUUCAGUCAUUAGUUGAACAGAGCUCAAAGGAAAUUCAGACCUCCAUGGCACCUGCAAGUUUUAUUUCUGGCGACAGGGAGCUAUCAGCCCCAUUAAUGUAUGCACCACAAAUGCUGUUUCAUCAAAAUUCUGGACACAGUGAGGAAGAUCCACGCAAGUCUGCAGCCGCCGCAGUGGCAGCAAAGCUGACUGCAUCCACAUCCUCCGCCCAGAUGCUGUCUUAUGUGCUAUCCUCUUUAGCAUCAGAAGGUGUCAUAGGCAAUCCGAUGACAGAGUCUUCUGCUGAUUAUCACUCCGAGAAGAGGACUAAGCUUGAAAAUGAUGGGCCAUCGUAUGUGCCAUCUCAUGUGCCAUCUCAGAAUCCUCAACAACCACUUCCUCCCUUUUCGCAUUCUGAACCUACCCAACACUAUGCAUCUUCAUCCAACCAGCAAUCUACUCCAAAUGAGCCACCACCUCCACCCUCAUCAUCACCUCCCCCACUACCCCCACCGCCACCAAUGCCUCAACAAUACCCUGUGCCGCAGUUCAUGCAGACUGUUGGACCUGUUAACAAUAUGACAUAUAGCUAUGGUGUGAUGCAACAGCCGUCAAUGGCAGCCUAUCCUGCAGUUGGGAUUUCCAUGAACAAUGUAUCACCCUAUACACCUCCAAUGAACCCAUAUCAGGGUUUUCAGAGUUCUGAUGGAAACUACUACAACCCGUCUUCCUCAAUGCCUAUGGUCCCCAUCUCGCGCCAAUAA